AUGCAGAAAAAAGAGAAGGCUUUUCUCCAAGACCUGUCCGUGAUACUAUUCUCGAUGUUGUACCCGGUCACACUCCCGCGAAAUCUAGCGGAGUUUCGUACCCGAUAUCUCGGUCGCUUGGAUCGCAGCUUUGUGUUCCGUUAUCGUAUCAGCUGCAAGUCCAAACGCAAAUAUCCAGACGAGACUGCAAUCAAAGUCUCUUGUGGCGACACGUUUGCUGUUGUGAUAGCAGGAAGCAAUCCUUUUUUCGACGACCUGUGGAGCUGUCAGCUGUCUGACAGUAAUGUACUGACGUGCACCGAUCGCCGCUAUUCGCCUGAUUCCCUGAACUGA